AUGAAUACAACGAGCAUCCGGUCCAGCGAGUAUUCUUAUAGAGACCCGCGGUACUACUCUUCGUCCUCCCUUGGGAAUGCGCCUCUCCCCAAGACGCUGGAUGGCUACGGCGGCAUGAUGCACCCUGACGACGGUGAGGGCUCGAGGUACAACCCUCAGCUUUCUCGCGGCUCCGUCCUGCUCAACCCCAACGACCCGGUGUCGAUGCACCUGCUCGCAGAGACAGCCAUUGGAGACAGCCUGCACUUCGAAGUGCUCUCGUUCGAAGAGGUCGAGGAGCUGAAACGAGAGCUCGCACUGGUCCAGUCGCGCAUCGACGGCGGGAAACGAAAACUAGCGCUGGAGCUGAAACUGCAGGAGGCUGCUCAGUCCCUCAACAGGCUCUACGACAACGGCUCGGACAGGGUGAACGGCCAUCUGGGCCAGGAUGCACACGGACACGGACACGGCCAUGGAGAUCUGGAUACCUCGGACGAGGGGCUGGCUAUCACGCGGCGGAAGUGUGAAGAGCAGGCGCAGGAGAUAGCGAAGCUGGAGCGCAGGGCCAGUGAUAUCCGGACGAGGAUACUCGAACACACGGCCGGAGUGCUGCAGAUGACACACAAGGGACUGAAGAAAAAAAAGGGAUCAAAGACAGACGACCUCUCGUCAACAUCUGACGAUUUGAACGGCUUGGAUCCGUACGGCUGUGGACAUGAGUUUGACCAUAGGAGUCUCUACCGGACAGCCGAUUACCUGGACCACCAUGGCGGUGCACCGCCCAGAGACGUCCCUAGCCUGGAACCGGAUGUCGAGUCUCUCAGUGGGCUGCAGGAUACGCAGUCGAAGCUCGAGGAGAUGACCUACAGGCUGCGUGAAAUGCUCACGCAGAUGAACACCGACCAGGAGAUUGACCCUAUCCCUCAGAUAAUCACCAACGAGGGAUCUUCCGAUCCCCUGGCCACAGUCAAUAUACAGAUUGACUAUCUAGAAAAGGGCCUGGAGACGAUUGCGCUGCAUCAAAGCCAUUCCUCCCGCGGUCAGGAUAGCCAUACCUCUGAAGACUCUCCUUCAAACCAUGAUACGAUUGAUCGGCUGGAUGCCUUCAGUCGACGGCUCGACGAGGCCCUGGCAGCAGCUGGGUCCAGCAGACAGCCUACCAGCCCACACAUGUCUACUAUCAGGAAAUCCAUGGCUGAACAGCUGGAAUACCUUGACUCUGCUGUUACAGAUGUUGAGAAGCGGAUUGACAGCCUGGUCGAGCAAAAGACCAUCCUCGGCAUCCAGAUACAACAGCAGCGAGACCUCAACUCCAAAUCUGAUGCUGAGCGUGAUGCAUACAUUGCAGACCUUACUGAGGAUCUGACCAAGCUACGCAAGGAGCUGGACAAGUCUCAGGCCGAGGAAGAAAGCUCCAAGGCCGAGAUAGCUAUGCUCAUCGACCAGCUGGAUGCUGCUCGACAGGACUCCAUGCUUCGUGAACAGAAACGUAGCAUCGGGGAAGCACCUGAGGCAACCCCCGAGAAGGAAGCACUGAUGAAAGCUGAACAGGAGCUGGCAGAGAAAGAGACUCAAAUCUCCAACCUAGAGUCCACCAUACAAGAACUACGUUCCCAGGCCGAUGCUCAUCUCCACCACACUCGUGAACAGGUCCAGCAGGAUCUAGCUGAAAAGGACUCACUCAUCAGCAACCUAGAGUCUACUCUCCAGGAACUACGCUCCCAGGCGGACAGCCAGUUCAGCCAGAUCAAAGAAGCCCAUCAGUCCCGCGAAGAGGCCGAGCAAGCCCACGCCAAACUUCAGACUGAAUUCUCCGAACUCGAGAGUGAUAUGGUUCGAAUCCAGACUGAACUCACCUUCGCCAAAGCAGAGCUCGACAGUGCCUACGGAAGCAGGUCUGAACGCGCCGCCGAAGCAGCUGCCAACCCGGCCGUGCAGCGUGAAAUAGACAACCUGCGAGAACGAAACAUGGAUCUAACCAGCCAAAUAGCAACGCUGAAAUCAGUCCAGAUGAAUAAUGCCAAUUCAGCGAGCAUGGGUGCUCAUGAACGUAUUCAGGUUCUUGAACGGGAGCUGCGGGAGACCAUUGAAGACUACGAGGAGUUGACCAAGCAGAGCAUCGAGUUUGAAAAGGAGCGUGACAAGCUCGAGAACAUGAUUGAUACGUACAGAGACCGAUGUGAUACUCUUGAGACCCAGCUUGGUGACGAACGUAUCCAGAAUCUGGGCAUAAGGGACGGCAUGACUGUUGAAAACACGUCCAUUACUGUGCUGAAGAGCGAAUUUAAGAAGAUGAUGAGAGAGACCAGAGCAGAUAGCAUCAAGGCUCUACGGGCCGAGCAAGAAGAACGACGACGACUUGAAUCCAUGCUCAGAGCCAUGAAGAGAGAGCAGAGCUUGAAGAAGUCGAAUCUCAGCCAGAGCACCCUGGCCUCGUGA